AUGUCUGAGAAGAAGAUGACUGAGGAGAAGAAGAUAACUGAGAAGAAAAAGAUAACUGAGGAGAAGAAGCUGUAUGAAGAGAAGAAAAUUGUGGAUCCUUUUAUUGCUGUUUUUAUGAAUCUAUGCAUAAAUUCUCGUCUUGUGCGUCGACGGUUGCGGCAUAUUGCUGUUAGGGGUGCGUCAGUUCACAAGAAAUUUCUGUAUGGCUCAGUUUGUUUGCUUCUAGUUACUAGUGUUUUCAUGGUACUACCGUUACCAAACAUACCAUUCUUUUGGGUGCUAUUUCGUGCUUAUUCUCAUUGGAGAGCUCUACAUGGAAGUGAGAGGCUCCAGUUACUGAUUUCUGACUGCUCAGAUCAGUGGGAAGUCCUUGAGAAGGAGAAUAUUAAUUCAGUUAAGGAUGGUAAAUCCAGUGAAAAUGCACGGUAUUCUCCUUGGAAGCUGCGGCCGUCAGAAAAGCUUGACAGGUUUCUUGAGGGUAGAAACUUAUAUGAAGGUUUGGACUGUCAUACCAUUUCGAGUAUAUGCCAGGAGUAUGAUUUGGACAAGACUGAUGUUCUCAAGUACAGGGAUCUUCCGUAACCACAUCCAGAUUGUUUCAUUGAGGCUUAUACGGUAAAAAUUCUUCUGCUAGUGAGAUCAAGAUUAAGGGUACAGGAGUUGCAUGGACCCACUAGAAAUUGGUGGCCAAAGUACCAAACGAGUUCUUUGAAACAGCUUCAGUUUUUCUUGUUAUGUACCAAAUCGGUCUGCCACUAGUGCAAUGACCACAGAAACAAAACCAGGGCAGGUUCCCACUUCCCACCGUGUAAAUAGAGAUGCAGUCGUCAUUUUUCUAGCUGUCAUUUUUCUAGCUGGGUUCUAGUCUUUGGACGACAAAUACAAGAGUAGGGUUGAGAUUGACCAUCCGUACGUGCUUUUCUUUUUUUUCAUGGCUCCCAAUCUAUCUUUGGUUGUAUUUGAAUCUUGUGCUGGGGUCCAAUGCGUAAUCUUCUCGUUUUGUGAGGGAUUCUAAAGCUUUGAUCUCUGAAGUGACUUUUCUGCACAAAUGUAUGAUUAGCUUUACAUCUGGACUGAUCA